AUGCCCUUUACACCGUCCGGCUUCUUCUGUGACCGGUUGAUCCGGGAGAGAGAGAGAAGAGACGGAGAAGGAUCCCUCAGCAAGCCCCUGCGCUUCAGAGGACAGGACUUUGCCACACUGAAACAAGAGUGCCUCACCAAGAAGUGCCUGUUUGAGGAUGACACCUUUCCAGCCUCCGUGGAAUCUCUGGGAUACAAGGAGCUGGGACACAAGUCCAACAAGGUCAAGAACAUUGUCUGGAAGAGACCCAAGGAGAUCUGUGAGAACCCUCAGUUCAUUGUGGGCGGAGCCAGCAGGACAGACAUUUGCCAGGGAGACCUUGGUGACUGCUGGCUGCUAGCUGCUAUCGCCUGUCUGACUCUGAACGAAAAGCUUCUCUACCGGGUCGUUCCUCAGGAACAGAGCUUCUCCGAGGGAUAUGGAGGAAUCUUCCACUUCCAGUUCUGGCGCUAUGGCGACUGGGUUGACGUCGUCAUUGACGACCGCAUCCCCACCUUCAACAACCAGCUGGUGUUCACCAAGUCUGCUGAGAGGAACGAGUUCUGGAGCGCCCUGCUGGAGAAGGCCUACGCCAAGCUUCACGGUUCCUAUGAGGCCCUGAAGGGCGGUAACACCACGGAGGCCAUGGAAGACUUCACCGGGGGCGUGACAGAAUUCUAUGAGAUGAAGGAGGCGCCCAAGGAGCUGUACAAGAUCAUGAAGAAGGCCCUGGAGAGAGGCUCCCUGAUGGGCUGCUCUAUCGACUCCCUGGUUCCCGCUCGCUUUGAGACCCGUACUGCGACUGGCCUCGUGAAGGGCCACGCCUACUCUGUGACUGCCGUUGAAGAGUGUAAGCAGUCCCAGCACAAGGCAUCUAAGGUGCGUCUGGUGCGCCUCAGGAACCCCUGGGGACAGGUGGAGUGGAACGGGCCCUGGAGUGACAACUCUAAGGAGUGGGUGUCUCUGUCUAAGGGAGAGAAGGACAAGCUCCAGCAUCAGAGUGCUGAGGACGGUGAGUUCUGGAUGUCCUUUGAGGACUUCAAGAAGAACUACACCAAGAUAGAGAUUUGCAACCUGACCCCUGAUGCCCUGGAGGACGAUAAGCUCCACAAGUGGACGGUGUCUGUGAACGAGGGUCGUUGGGUCAGAGGCUGCUCCGCCGGGGGCUGCAGGAACUACCCAAAUACAUUCUGGACCAACCCUCAGUUCCGUUUGUGUCUCCUGGAGGAGGAUGAUGACUCAGAGGACAACGAGGUGGCGUGUUCCUUUGUGAUCGCUCUGAUGCAGAAGAACAGACGGAAAGAGAGGAAGAUGGGAGCCAAUCUCUUCACCAUCGGUUUUGCCAUCUACGAGGUGCCGAAGGAGAUGCACGGCAACAAGCAGCCCAUGCAGAAGGACUUCUUCCUGUUCAACUCAUCCAAGGCUCGCUGCAAGUCCUACAUCAACCUGAGGGAGGUGACCCAGCGCUUCCGUCUGAGCCCCGGGGAGUACGUGAUCAUCCCGUCUACCUAUGAGCCUCACCAGGAGGGAGAGUUCAUCCUCAGAGUCUUCUCCGAAAAGAGGAACACCUCAGAGGAGAUAGAGAACAAGAUCGAGGCUGACCAUCCAGUGCCGGCCCCAGCCAAUGCGGGGGAGGAGAGGGAGGAGGACCAGCAGUUCCGGAGCAUCUUUCAGCAGAUAGCCGGGGAUGUGAGUACGGGGAGGCCAGUGAGCGCUUGGGGGAAUGAAAUGGAAAUUACCGCCAACGAGCUGAAGAAUGUACUCAACAGGGUUGUCUCCAUACAUAAGGACCUGAACACAGAGGGGUUUAGCCUGGAGAGCUGCAGGAGCAUGAUCUCUCUCAUGGACAUGGACGGGACUGGCAGACUCAACCUGCAGGAGUUCAGACAUCUCUGGAACAAGAUCAAACAGUGGCAGGGAAUCUUUCGACACUAUAGCUCGGACCAGGCUGGUAUCAUCAACAGCUACGAGAUGAGAAAUGCCGUCAACGAUGCAGGCUUCCGUCUCAACAAUCAGCUCUAUGACAUCAUCACCAUGCGUUACGCCAACGAGGACAUGAACAUCGACUUUAACAGUUUCAUCAGCUGUCUGGUCCGGCUGGAAGCCAUGUUCAGGGCGUUCCAAGCCUUUGAUCAGGAUGGUACGAUCAGACUUAGUGUCUUGGAGUGGCUCCAGCUGACCAUGUAUGCCUAG